GCAGCAGAUUUUCGGAAUUUUAAUAUAUGUUUAUUUUAUAGUUUUUUCUGGUGUUACUGUCCAAUGGAGUUUCCUGAUGCACACCGGUUUAUUGGACCAGCAGAUGUUUGUUAUUCUAUAAAUUGGACGCAAUAGCAGAUCGUUCCAACUGCAAUACAACCUCUUAGAACAAAACAUAAGAAGGGAAUACAGGUAAGCUGCCAUUUCUUAAAAAACUCCAAAUAAUGUUUUACGAAAUCCUCCAUUAAAAUCAAAUGCUUCAGUUUUUCAGAAGAAAACUCGAAAAUUUAAUGUGCUGCAUCGGGGAAGAAACGAAUUGACAAAAUGAAUCAUCAACUAUAUAAUAUGGUAGAUAACACCUGAAUGAAAUUUAACAUAAAUGAAAUCCUCCGCCAAGGCAGCAUGGAAGUUUACCAGAGCAGGCAAGUAUGGUACAAGUAUUAGACUUGGUUUACAGAAAUAAGUACAGGGCUCUUGUACCCAUAUGAGUAUGAAGACAGUGAUAGCGUUUGGUUAUUACUGCGGUAGAAGAGGGAUUAAAAUAAAUAACACAGACUUAAAGUAUAAUCAUACAAUGCCAUCCAUUUCUAGUCUUAAUCUUAAUCUGGGAGUAUUGUGUAGAGAUGGUCGGUUAAAGGAGGCAGUAGACAUUUUGCUUAACACACACAACCCUCCUGUAGACUCUAACACGUAUCUUCAACUACUGAGCACCUGUAUUGCAGAGAAUGCGCUUUCACAGGGAAAAAAAAUCCAUUCUUUCAUUACUCACAGGGGAUUUCCAUUUGCUAGACAUACAAUUUUUCAAAAUAAACUUAUAAACAUGUAUCUCAAGUGCGGUAGUCUGGUUGAUGCUCGUGAAGUGUUUGAAGAGAUGACAGAACGAGAUUGCUUCUCAUGGAAUGUGAUGAUUGCAGCUUACCGAAGACAUGCGUAUCCUCACGAAGCAUUGACACUGUUUCGGCAAAUGCAACAAACAGAUGUCAAACCCAAUCAGUUCACCUUUGCCAGCAUCCUUCCAGCCUGUGCCAAAAUUGGAGCUUUGGAACAGGGUAUUUAUAUCCAUCAAAGUAUAGUGGAAUGUGGGUUUUUAUCAGAUGUUGUAGUUGCAAGUGCACUGGUUGACAUGUAUUCAAAAUGUGGAAGCAUACACAAGGCACGUGAACUGUUUGACAAAAUAUCUCAACGAGAUGCAGUCUCGUGGAAUGCGAUGGUUGGCGGAUACGCACAAAAUGGCAUUCUUGACGAGGCUUUACAUCUUUUUAAACAAAUGCUUCAACCAAAUGUAGUUUCAUGGAAUGUGAUGAUUGCAGGGUAUGUACAAAAUGGUCAUGUUGAAAAGGCUGUAGACACUAUGAAGCAAAUGCAAUCGGCAGGCAUAGAACCAAACCCCACAACCUUUGCCACCAUCCUCCCAGCCUGUGCCAAGAUGGGAUCUUUGGAACAAGGUAUUUACAUCCAUCAGAGCAUAAUUGAAAGCGGAUUUUUGUCAGACAUUGUUGUUGCAAGUGCCUUGAUAGACAUGUAUGCAAAGUGUGGAAACAUACACAAGGCAUGGAAGCUGUUUGAAACAAUGCCUCAGAGAAAUGUGGUCUCGUGGACAGCAAUCAUUGCAGGAUAUGCACAAAAUGGUAUCCUUGGUGAGGCUCUAAGGCUUUUCAAAGAAAUGCCUAGACGAGAUGUGGCUGCAUGGACUGUAAUGAUUACGGGCUAUGCACAAAAUGGGCUUGUUGAAAAGGCCUUGGAGACUUUUAAGCAAAUGCAAUUGGCAGGUGUAAAGCCAAACUCCACAACCUUUGUCAGCAUCCUGCCAGCCUGUGCCAAAGUGGGAGCGUUAAAACAGGGUAUAGUCCUCCAUCAAUGGAUAGUAGAAAGUGGACUUUUGUCAGAUUUUGUAGUUGCGAGUGCACUAAUAGAUAUGUAUGCGAAACAUGGAAGCAUAGAGAAGGCGCGUAAAUUAUUUGACAAAAUGUCUCAACGAGAUGCUGUCUCAUGGAAUGCUAUGAUUGCGGGGUAUGUACAAAAUGACCUUCUUGAUGAGGCUUUGAGGCUUUUCAAAGAUAUGCCUCGACGAGAUGUUGUCUCAUGGAAUGUGAUGAUUGCAGGAUACACACAAAAUGGGCUUAUGGAAAUGGCUUUGGAGACUUUCCGACAAAUGCAAUUGGCAGGUGGGAAACCAAACUCUACAACAUUUGCGAACAUCCUCUCAGCCUGUGCCAAAUUGGGAGCUUUGGAACAAGGUAUGGACAUUCAUAAAAACAUAAUGGAAAGUGGAUUUUCGUCAGAUGUUGUAGUUGCAAGUUCCUUGGUAGACAUGUAUGCAAAAUGUGGAAGCAUACAGAAGGCACGUCAACUGUUCAACAAAAUGUCUAAACGUGAUGCAGUCUCAUGGAAUGCAAUGAUUGCAGGAUAUGCACAAAAUGGUGUUCUUGAUGAGGCUCUAAGACUUUUCAAAGAAAUGCCUUUACCAGAUGUAAUCUCAUGGACUGUAAUGAUUGCAGGAUAUGCACAAAAUGGGCUUGUUGAAAAGGCCUUGGAGACUUUUCAGCAAAUGCAAUUCGCAGGUAUAAAGUCAAACUCCACAACUUUCAUCAGCAUCCUCCCAGCUUGUGCAAAAAUGGGAGCUUUGGAACAGGGUAUGGAUAUCCAUCAAAGCAUAAUCAAAAGUGGAUUUUUGUCAGAUGUUGUAAUUGCAAGUGCCCUGGUAGUCAUGUAUGCAAAAUGUGGAAGCAUACAAAAGGCACGAGAAUUAUUUGACAAAAUGUCUCAACGAGAUGCAAUCUCAUGGAAUGCAAUGAUAACAGGAUAUGCAAUGCAUGGAUUUUGUAAGGAUGCUCUUGAACUCUUUGACCUAAUGAAGCACUCUGGAACAUACCCUGAUCACGUCAGCUUAGUUUGCGUUUUAUUUGCAUGUAGCCAUGGAGGGUUAGUUGAUGAGGGCUGUAAAUACUUCAGUGGUAUGAGUGACCUUUAUGGCAUGAUGCCUGCUAUGGAUCAUUAUGUAUGCAUGGUUGACCUUCUUGGCCGUGCUGGCUAUCUUGAGGAAGCUCUAAACUUUAUCAUCAAAAUGCCAACUAAACCUGCUAUGGUUGUGUGGAUAUGUUUGCUUGGUGCUUGUAGAUUGCAUAAGAAUAUAGGGCUAGGAGCAUUUAUAUCAACUUUCCUUUUUGAGCUGGAUCCUCAAAAUGCUGUGCCUUACGUUCUUUUGUCAAACAUCUAUGCUGAAGUGGGCAGGUGGGGUGAUGCUCAGAAAGUAAGGACAUUGAUGAAAGAUAGAGGAACUAAAAAGAUACCAGGGUGUAGCUGGAUUGAAGUCCAUAAAAUGGUACAUGUUUUUUGUGUUGGAGACAGAUCUCACCCACAAACACAGGAGAUCUACGCAAAACUAGAAAACAUGUCAUGGGAGAUGAAGGCAACAGGGUAUUUUCCAGAUUCAAGUCAGGUACUGAAUGAUGUGGAGGAGGAGGAAAAAGAAGCAUUCCUUUGCCACCAUAGUGAGAAGUUAGCAAUUGCGUUUGGGUUGUUAAACACUUCCCCUGAAACAACUAUUACAGUUGUCAAGAACCUUCGAGUAUGUGCUGACUGCCACACUGCAACCAAGUUUAUCUCCAAGAUUAUGGCAAGAGAAAUUGUUGUGAGAGAUGCAAACCGGUUCCAUCAUUUUAACCAAGGACAAUGUUCUUGUGGAGAUUAUUGGUGAUGCUAAGUGAAGCAAGUUGUGCAUAUAGGCUUUCACCAUAACAAGGUGGAUUGUGUCAGAUAUACAAGGAUAAGAAUUAAUCAGGUUAUAUCUUCAGUUUUUAAUAACAACAUCUUUGAAGUUUUUGGAGAUUGAAACUUGCUGUUGACUUGAUAAAAUCAGAUGUAUAUAGAAUCAUAGAUACUGAUGGGGUUUUUCCUAAAGCCCAAUUUUACCCUAUGGAAGUGUCAUCACAUUGAACUGUCUUUCAGGAAGCCUAUACAUCCCUGGAAGGAAAAGCAGAUGAAGGAAGUUGCUUGAAGAAAAUGGGAAGGUGCUUGGCCAGCAGGAAAUGUGAGAGCUGGCUUACAAUUAGUUCCUUGCUUGGGGACAAUGAGGAGAGCGUCUCUUGAUAGGUACUUGAUGUCAACUCAAGGAAGAGACUUCCAGGAAGGUGCCGAUGAAACAAGGAACCAGUUGAAAAGAUGAUGAAGAACAACAUUCACGCUUCAAGGUGGAAUCCAAGGAUGAAAUGAACCAAGAAGAAGGACUUACACUUUAUCAAGACAUUCAAGAAUAUCAAGUCAUCCAAGGAUAUUCCCGAAGGCAUCAACACUUCUUCAUGAUGAGGAAUCAAAUCUGCAAGGCAAGUUGAGAUGGCAUCCUAGUCAUCAACCAACCAAUCUAAGGGUUCCAAGUCAGACAUGUCUAGGUGCAAUGAACGAGACUCAACAAGUGGAAGAUAUUUUCUCAUUGGCUAUCCAAAACAUUGUAAUUUUCUCAUUUGCCAAAAAGAGUUUUUUUGCAAAUAACCCUGAUUAGGGUUGCAUCUAUUAAUCUUGGCCAUUGAUCUUGGAUCAAUCUAGGCCAUUGCUUUUUAAUGGGGUGCCUAUAUAAACCCUCCUCCUCAUUUGUAAAGUGAGAGAUUUAUUAGAAAUUGUUGUAAUAAUACUUCUUAUGUGCUAAGACAUAAUUCAUUGUUCAAUUGUUGGUGAA